AUGGCAUCGCAAAGCGGCCAAUCAAGACGUGUAAAGGUCUACGAGCUCAAGAACAAUGACUGGUAUGAUCGGGGCACAGGUUUCUGCUCGGGACAGGUAUUACAGCCCAACGCCGACAACCCGGACGGCCGCAUUGUGGUGGUCAGCGAGGAUGACCCACAGCGUGCGCUACUGGAGACGCGCAUCACUAAGGACGACGGCUAUCAGAAGCAGCAGGAUACGCUGAUAGUGUGGACCGAGCAGAAUGGAGUGGACAUGGCGUUGAGUUUCCAAGAGGCAGAUGGAUGCGCCGUGAUAUGGGAGUUCGUGAGCGAGGUCCAGCAGCGCUUGAGCGCGCUUUUUGCUGAGGAUGGACUUUCGGACGACCUACUGGACGCGCAAGCCUUCGUGCUCCCGGAGCCGGAGCUAGGACGUCUGGAAGAGAUCGAGGCGAAUAUACGAGGAGCGUCCAUGAACACGCACGGCCGAGAAGCGCUUGUCAAGUAUAUUAUGAACCCGGAGCAUCCGUACAUACUGCGGCUGGCUCCUCUAGUGGAAGAGGCAGAGAAGCAGCACAACGCGCCAGCAUUACAUCGGUUGUGCAGUAUUAUGAAGCACCUGAUACUGCUGAACGACAACUCAAUCAUCGAGUUCGUUGUAACAGACCAAGCAAUCAUGGGUGUUGUGGGCGCACUAGAGUAUGAUCCGGACUUUCCUUCACAUCGAGCGAAUCACCGACAGUAUCUGUCCGACUCGUCGAAAUUCAAGGAAGUCGUACAUAUAGAAUCACCCGAGGUUCGGAAGAAGAUUCACUGUACUUACCGAUUACUAUACUUGAAAGACGUCGUCCUGGCUCGAAUACUGGACGACCCAACGUUCUCGGUCUUGAACAGCCUGAUAUUUUACCAUCAAGUGGAGAUUGUCACACACAUCCAGGGGAACCAGGAUUUCCUUUCCCAGCUCUUCGAUCUAUUCAGGGACGAUCCACAAAUCAAGCCGGAGAAGAAACGAGAAGCAGUUCUGUUCAUUCAGAAUUGUUGUGCGGUGAGUAAGAACAUUCAGGCGCCGCAGCGAGCAUCACUGUACACGAAUUUCAUCCACCAUGGCCUUUUCACUGUCAUCGCCUUCGCGCUACGACAUCAUGACGCGGCGGUACGAGUGGCCGGGACAGAUGUACUGGUCGCAUUGAUAGACCACGACCCGCAUCUGGUACGGAGUCAUAUCUUCACGGCCAUGAAAGACCAGACGACGCCUCUUACGGACACCUUGAUCGAACUUUUGCUUGUCGAGGUGGAUCUGGGAGUGAAGAGCCAGAUGGCGGAUGCGAUCAAGAUUCUGUUGGACCCGACAAGUGCUAACGGUAUGGACAUGAUGCGUGCUGGUCAAGCUAAUAGCGAGAUCAUGGCGAAACGAGGUCUAACCAACGGCGCCUCGCAUGCUUCACCGCAGACGGAGGCCUUUAUCCAGGCUUUCUACGAUGGAUCAGCGAAGAGAUUGUUUCGACCUCUAAAGGAUCUGGAACACCGGAAAGAUAUGCUGGAUCUCAGUGUACACGAUAUGAGCAUGAUGACCCAUCUGGUGGACUGUCUGUGUUUCUUCGUACGGCAACAUACCUGGCGAGCGAAGGCUUUCAUACUUGGCGAAAACCUGCACAGCCGUGUGGCACAGCUUCUAGCAUGUCCGCACAAGUUCAUGAAGCUGACGGCACUUAAGUGGUUCCGGACGUGUAUCGGCUUGCAGGACGAGUUUCACAACAGGCACAUGAUUCAACACCGGCUGUUUGAGCCUAUGUUGGAUGUGGUCUACGAGACUAUGCCGCGAGACAACCUGCUCAACUCUUCUUGUCUCGAGCUUUUCGAGUUCAUCAAGCGAGAGACUGUCAAGCAAUUGAUUAUGCAUCUUGCGGAACAGUACCGGGACAGGCUCCUUGGAAUCACGUAUGUGAAUACGUUUCAGCAACUCGUGUUGAAGUACGACCAGAUGCAGGCUGGAUAUGUGCCCGCGGCCAACGGAAUCGAAGACAGCUCGUUCACCACCCAGGAAGGAACGCCUGCACGGAUCGUCAAUGGAACAAGAUUCGCCGGCUUGAAAGACAUGGACGGUGAUGAGGAGGCGUACUUCAAUGGAGACGACGAUGCAGAGGACGACGAUGACAUUGGCCUUCCUACAGCGCUUAAGGCUGGUUUAACUAACGGUGCCAGUCCUGUCCGACCUUUGGUAGACUACCCUGAUGACGAAGACGAGGAAUUAGGGCCGAUGGACGGAAUGGAGCUUCUAGCCUCCAGUCCGGAUCGAGACGUGCUUGUGAAGGAGAGGAAGAGCCACGUCGCCGGUGCCGACCCUCACGAGACCGCGGAAAUGGAUUUCUUCGAAGACGAUCCACGACGGACUUCACCUGAACAAACGUCAGAUCGAUCACGGGACCGGGAACGAGGACGGGAUCGUAGGCCGGUACCCGUCGAAGGCAGUCCCGGUCGACAAGGCUCUCCUCCAGAACCCUUGGCCUCGAAGCGGCGAAGAGAUGACGAGGACGAUGAUGAGCUGGGCAAGAUGAUGGGCGGCAUCAAGAGACGGAAUUCGUCUGCGGCCUCUGUCACAAGUCAGACUGGACGGUCACAGGUCGACGGUCCAACAAAGACCUCUCCGCUUGUGAAGAGUUCAGGGUCGCCUGUGCAGCAGCACCCAGUAGGCGGAUCGCAACCAAUGCUUCGACGCAAGGGCAGCCUUAAGACUAAGAACGAAAGUAGCGGGCUUGGCAAGUUUGCCAUCAAGACUUUCAAUUUUGGUACCAAGCAGCAACAGCAGCACGAUGACGAGACGACCAAUGGCGAUGCACAUUUGCCCGAGUCAGAGGAGGGAUCUGGCGAGGGUACCACCGUUGAGGCAGUCAAGGAGAAUGGGGGCUAG